CCGAUCCCAUAUUCAUGGCGUUCUCAACGGUCACAUGCCACGACUCGGUACCAACUCGUCCAAAAUGACUGAGUCACAAUCACCGAGUCACUCCCCUUCUCCUGAAGAACCAACACAAAACCAAAACACACCAUUUCACGUUCCAGUAGAGAUAAUCAGUGACGAAGAAAUGGCGCUAAUCGAAGCUGCCUUCGCCGCUACGCGGGCUCUGGUGUCGUCUCCACCACGCGCUUCUUCAUCGGCUCAUUUCCGUGAAAACGUCAGGUCCAUUAAAUCUAUUACUCUGUUAUCGAACCGGAGUAUUUCGAGUUGUUCGCGGAGUGAUCCGUUAAUGAUCGAUGUAGAAGAUUCUGGAAGGUUAACAAGUAGCCAGAAGAGGAAUAGAGUUGUUGAUUCGUUGUUGCAUCGGUUUCGGAGGAAGAGAGGCUUGUCUGUUACUGAUAUUACUGCCACAGAAUGGUGUGAAAAAAAGAUGGAGUAUUCUCUUCUCUGUGGCAAGCCCGAAAAGACCAAAGCUAUGAAAGCUGGUAGCAUUCGCCAUGAAGCACUAGAAGAGGAGGUGAUCAAAAAGGUAAAAGUUCAUGUUACAUCAGCUGAAGAUGUAUGGGCAUUGAAGUUCUUGAAUUUCAUAGUUGGCGCAAACCAACUAUUAUUUGAUGGAUUAACACGUGAAUUGCCUUUAGUAGGUUUUGCUGAAGGUGUUUGGAUGGUGGGAGUUAUUGAUGAGAUACGAAUGCCGAAAGGACAAAGUGAUACAUACCCAAUGUUAGUCGACACAAAAACACGAGUAAGAGCUAGCCUUCCUGGUGAACCGCAACGGAGGAAUGGAAGGCUUCAAUUAAUGUGCUACAAGCAUCUGUGGGACAGCUUAGUGGCUGAUGAAUUCCCCUCCAGACAGUUUUUUGAUUUCUUCUCUCUGAAUCCGUAUCAGAUUUUAUCCGCUGAAAUCAGAGAGAAUACUGCUAAAUGUGGAUUCCCUACAGAGACUCUCACUGAUAUGUUGAGGUACCUUCGCAAUACUUGGAGCAUGCUUCCACCAGCACAUGAGCAACUACUGUUGAGGUAUGAAUUACAAGAAGAUCAAUCAUUGCUUGGUGAAGAUCAGUUUGAGUAUGAUCUUAACUGGGUAAAGGGUCAAAUAAAGUCUUCUUUAGAGGUUUGGCGAGGAGAAAGAGAAGCCAGUUACACCCCUGAAGAGGAGCGCUGGAAAUGCAGAUCUUGCAAGUUUGCUUCUGAAUGUCCAGCCAGCAAUUCUGGCUCCCAAGUAGAAAGGACACUGAAUGCUAAUUGCUAAGUUCGGCAAGAUCAGUUUCCAACUAGAUCCUUAAUAAAUUGAGAAUACGUUCCGCACACAAAUUUUACACUAUCAGAUUGAGUUGACCGAUAACAUGUGACUCCCAUAUCAAGCCGGAUAAGGUAACUUAGAGAAUAUUACUAUACUGUAACUAGUUAAAUUGCAUUGAUAGUGUAAAAAUUCUUUACACUAUCGGUUAAACUCUAAACAAAUUUGGGUACACAAUUGUGUUCAAAGAAGCUAGCAGUUUUUAUACUCCUAGCUGUAGGUAGAUGCUGAAUCUGAAAAUUCAUUGCUGGACCAAUUCUUGUUUUUUGCAUUGUAAGUUUAUUCAUUUUUCUUGUAAUUAUUAUUGAGCCUGAACUUGUCCCUUCAGGGACAUCCGAUAAAAUUGUUGAGCCUGAACUCGGUGUUGUUUUGUAAUGUCAAAGGUAUUGAGAUGACAACUGUGUUUGAUAUACGCAGGACUGUUGAUGAAGCAGCCAAUUCUUAAUUUAAUGUAUUAGUCAUUUGGUUUACUA